AUCUUGUAGCUCCACGGCUCUCGAACUGAUAAACUGGGUCGACUCUUUUCCGACAACUAUUGAUCACUACUACCAACAAGCAACAUAACGACAAACAGAAUUUUAACGCGAACAUGGCACAGACCGGAGGAGCAGGCGGCUACAACAACCCGUUGAAGAAAUUCAAGUUGGUGUUUCUCGGUGAACAAAGCGUCGGAAAAACAUCUCUAAUAACGCGGUUCAUGUACGACUCCUUCGAUAAUAUGUACCAAGCUACGAUCGGUAUCGACUUUCUGUCUAAGACAAUGUACCUUGAGGAUCGAACGGUACGACUACAAUUAUGGGAUACAGCAGGUCAAGAGCGAUUCAGGAGUCUGAUUCCCUCAUACAUCCGAGAUUCGAGUGUUGCGGUAGUUGUCUACGAUAUUUCCAAUGCGAAGUCAUUCCAAAAUACUAAGAAAUGGAUCGAUGACGUACGCGCGGAACGAGGUAACGAUGUCAUCAUCGUGCUCGUAGGGAACAAGACGGACUUGAACGACAAGCGAGAAGUCACCACAGCGCAAGGUGAAGAGGAAGCCAAGAAGAACAACCUGAUGUUUGUCGAGACGAGUGCCAAGCUUGGCCACAACGUAAAGAAUCUAUUCAGGAGGAUAGCACAGGCUCUUCCCGGUAUGGAGGGUACGGAUGCCGCGGCACAGGCUUCAUCACAGAUGAUCGAUGUAAAGACAAACACACAAACUUCUCAGCAAGAAGGAUGUGCAUGCUAGUAACCUACUCAUAGCAGAAGAGAGGCGCCGGCCUCGCAAGGGAAAAGAGAGGGACAGGCAGAAUAUUUCCGUGCAUAGCGAAUGAAUCAACAAAAGAUGUUGUAUAAUACGAAUCAUCCUACGAAGCAAAGUAACGAGAAGAAGAUUAGCAGAACCAUUACCGGUAUGACGUUUAGUAUAUGUAAUCACCUUUUUCAGGUUUC